AUGGUCAAGGGAGAGUUUUCGUUGAAUGGAGAACCGGUGGACAUAACUCAAAGACUAAUCCACCGUUAUUAUGACGCUCUAUGGGCAGCCAAAAAUGAUGUGGAUUUAAAUGGGAGCUCUUCGGCAAAUGAAAACGCUAAUAAUCUUAGCGAAGGCGAUGAUUGUUAUUCCGAUGACGCAUCUGGCGGAACAUUUCGAAAACUAGCCUCCAUCGUCAAGAGAAUGUUCAGCCGAGAUUAUGAACGUAAUGUGCUGAUAGAGAAAGUCACCCAGGAAAAACAGCAUGCAACUUCAUACGAAGAGUGGCUUGCAGCUGCACUUCGGCUUGACGAACUAACUCGUACCAAUGAAUGGAAGGCACGGGAAGAAUCUGUUCUUUACGAUUACAAAUUUAUUCAAACUCAUACCCAAAAUAUGAGGCAAGCACGUCUAGAUAAAGAUUAUGCUCAAUUGCUGUAUUUGAUACGAACAACCUGGAUCAGAAACUUGGGAAACAUGGGCAACGUCAAUCUUUACAGACAUUCUCAUGUUGGGACAAAGUAUGUCAUCGACGAUUACAUGCGCGAGUCUAAACUAGCUUUGCAAGAGCUUGUACGCCACUCCGAUUUGGAUGAAAGCUAUCUUCUGGGAAUGCUUGUGCAAACUCGCAAAAACAUCGGGCGAACAGCUCUUGUUCUGAGCGGAGGUGGUACAUUUGGUUUAUUCCAUAUUGGUGUUCUCUCGACACUACUGGAACAGGACUUGUUACCACGGGUAAUCAGCGGUAGUAGCGCAGGCGCUAUUGUUGCAAGUAUUUUGUGCUCUUGCCAUAGGAGAGAGAUUGUUGGACUUGUGGAAAGCGUUUUAGAAAAAGAGCUCAACAUUUUUCAGGAUGACUCCGAAAAGACGCAAGGUGAGAAUCUCCUAAUCAAAAUCUCAAGAUUUUUCAAGAGUGGUACUUGGUUCGAUAAUAAGAAUUUAGUCAAGACCAUGAUCGAUUUUUUGGGCGAUUUGACGUUUAGGGAAGCUUACAAUAGAACCGGUAAAAUUCUCAAUAUCACUGUGUCUCCAGCUUCCGUUUUCGAGCAACCGGGCUUACUGAACAAUUUGACUGCUCCUAACGUUCUGAUUUGGUCUGCUGUCUGCGCCUCUUGUUCUCUACCAGGUAUAUUUCCUUCGACACCGCUUUACGAAAAAGAUGCAAAAACGGGUGAAACACGCGAGUGGAACAGUGGUACUGUAAAGUUCGUCGACGGUUCUGUGGACAACGACCUUCCUAUUUCGAGAUUAUCAGAGAUGUUCAACGUCGAUCAUAUCAUCGCAUGCCAGGUCAAUUUGCAUGUUUUUCCAAUCUUGAAGAUGUCCGUUUCGUGCGUUGGUGGUGAAAUUGAGGAUGAGUUCAGUGCUAGAUUCAGACAAAAUCUGUCCUCGGUUUACAACUUUGUUUCCAACGAAAUAAUUCAUGUUCUCGAAAUAGUAACGGAACUGGGCAUUGCAACAAACGUUCUCACUAAAUUCAGGUCCAUUUUGUCGCAGCAAUACUCUGGAGAUAUCACCAUUCUACCUGACAUCAAAAUGCUGUUUCGGUUAAACGAGCUCUUAGCCAAUCCUUCAACCGACUUCCUGCUACGAGAAACAGUUAACGGCGCAAGAGCCACUUGGCCCAAGAUAUCCAUCAUUAAAAAUCAUUGUGAACAAGAGUUUGAGCUGGAUAAAGCAAUAUCUUAUCUGAAAGGAAAGAUUAUAUCGAAUCCUACUUUUACUACAAAAAAUCCAUUCCAGUUUACUGACCUUUCAAUAUCCCUUAUCAAUACGCCAGAAAUGCCUAGUCAUGAUGAGCAAGUCCCUAACGAUUUAGACGAUACCCUUUUGAAUCAUCAUGAGACUGAUAGGAUGUUAGUUAUCAAUGAUUCUUCUAAGAGGCCUCAUUCAUACGGUAAGACUAGCAUUUCAAUUGCAGACGCGGGCAGAAGUUUGCACCACCAUCGUCGCAAGUCAGACUCGUAUGCUAAAGGAAAAAGUGGUGCGCGGUAUAGCAUAUCACAUCCGGGCACAACCACUUCACAUAUAUCGACAAAGCUGUUACCAACCUUGAUGGGGUAUAGCCCUCGACUGGAUAGGAAGAAAAGCGUCGGACAACUUCCAUCCGCCUCUGUAGCCAGCAGACCGCUUGAUAACAAUUUCAGACUGGAACCAAAAAGACAUAGCAGUAGUUUUACUGCCCUUCAUGGCCCCCGAAACUCCAACGUGUACUCUUCAGUUCGAACAAACCCGCCCUCACCGCUUUCAGCUCCUAUAAAUACCAACAUGGAGGGGACCUCACGAAAGGGUUCUUUCUCAUCUUACGAGUCGCCUUUGAAAGCAUAUCACAAACGUGGUGCAAAAGCACAUAAAGGUAGAGCUCCAGCUGGCAACCGUUCUAAUUCCACGGGCUCAGCCAAAUUAAAAUCUUCAGGAAAAGUGAAAACGGGUGGCAAGCCAGAUCUCAAGACCGUAUCGUAUGUUGACGAUGAUCCGAUGGAUCCAGUCGAAACAGGAGGCGAUGAGGAGAUAAACAGAGAGAGUAACUAA